UUUUCUCAGGACUUGUACAAGUUUCGCUAGAGGAGUAGAGUGUUGAAUGGUGGAUUGUUAGGUGAGAGAGGUUAGGAGGCCAGGUAGCUUUGUCUUAGCUUUGUUCUUGAGCAUUUAUUCUGGGAACGGAACGAGCUUGUUGACGGUUAGUUGGUUCGAUUACCAUAAGCACUUGUUGGAAAAGCAAGUAAAUUGUGGGAAACGUUUACAAAUUUCCACAUUUCAUUAGUUUCCACUGGAAUUGAAGCACUGCAGCACUGUGUUAUGGUAUUACAAGACUAGGAGCUAUCUAAUCUGGGCUUGGAGCAAAACACAUUUAGCAAUGAGUUACCGCCCUAUUCCUGGAGAACCUCCACCGCCACCUCCACCAGAGUUUGCGCCUCCUCCGCCACUCGACUUUGGGAUGCCACCGCCGCCACCAGAACACCCUCAUCCUCCGCCUCCCGGUCCACCCCCACCAGGGUUCCCCCAUCCUCCGCCUCCCGGACCCCCUCCACCACCACCACCGUCGACUCUACCCCCGCCCCAACCCCCUCGGCAGGAAGAUGAUGACUGCCUUUCAUGUUUCAGAGGCUGUUUGGCUGCACUUUGCUGCUGCUUCCUGGUGGACUCGUGCUGCUUUUAAAUAGAUGCAUCAGUUCUUGAAUUUCUAUGAUGAGUGGUUUUGGUUGUUCUGGGAUAGUAGAGUGCAUCAUUUACAAAAUGAUUUAGAUAAAUAAGGGGAAGAGUUUCUGUAUUUCAAGGAACAUUAUGUGAUUCUAACGUAAUAUAUUGAAAAUUUUAUUAUGUCC